UGAACAGUGUGUUUACACAGCGGGACUCUGCAGUCUAAAGUUCAGAUCCUCAGCACAUGCUGGUCAGAUUCACUCCUUCGCAGCAAUCCGAGGUAUUCCGUCUAAGUAAACGAUGCACUGGACAGAAAUGAAGAAAGACGAGCUCGAGAAGCAGUACUCACCCAGCAGGUGGUCUCACAGGAUGGCGGCGGACGACGUGAUCAAGGCCCACGUCAAGGCUCUGAAGGAAGGUACAGAGCGAGCCCGCAGUCUGGCUCAAACUCUAAUCAAUGUUCCGUACGGAGAGGGAGACGGAGAGAAACUGGACGUGUACAUCCCCAAGACCGCCUCUUUGGACGUCAACCUUGUUAUUUACAUCCACGGAGGCUACUGGCAGUUCCUCAGCAAAGAGGAGUCUGGAUUCAUGGCUGUCCCACUCGUUGAUAAGGACGUGGUUGUGGUUGCCGUUGGCUACGACAUUGCCCCCAAAGGUAACAUGGAUCUGAUGGUGUCUCAGGUUCGCAGGAGCGUUGUUUCUGUCAUUCAGCAGUACUGUCACAUCAGUGGUCUGUACCUGUGUGGCCACUCUGCAGGGGCCCACCUGGCCGCUAUGGUGCUCUCCACCGACUGGUCCCAGUACGGCGCCACACCAAACAUCAAAGGGGCUUUCCUUGUGAGCGGCAUAUACGACCUGCUGCCCAUCCUGUCCACGUACGUCAACGAGCCUCUGAAGAUGACCGAGGAGGUGGCGGAGAGAAACAGCCCUAGCCAGCUGGUCCCUCAGCUCAAACAAUCCUCGUCGGGCUGUCAGAUCGUCGUGGCCGUCGCCCAGAACGACUCGCCGGAGUUUCGCAAGCAGUCAGAGGAAUACUACAAAGCUCUGGAAGCAGCAGGACUGACUGUGAGCAUGGAGGAUGUGGCGAACACAGACCAUUUUAGUAUCAUUGAGCAGCUGGUAGAUGGAGACUAUCACCUGACCAAGCUCCUCCUGAAGAUGAUGGGGAAGAGCUGAAGUGUUCAACAAACCUCUGAUCAGUCCCAGUUCACCCACAAUGAGAAAAUAAGCAUUUCUCUGUGGUUAAUGUUCUUCUUUUUGGUCAUUUUGAGAUAAAUCCAGGUGACGUCAGUUGUUCCGAUGGUUUAGUUUACAUUAUUUGCAAAUGUUCGUCGUCAAGAAGUCCUGACUGAGCUUUGGAUGUGUGGAACACCUUCGCUUCACUGCAGUGCGUCGUGGCAGAAUUCACCUCUCAGGCUCGGCCGCUAACAGAUUGCUGCACUGCUGUGAAGGUUGAUGUUGUGAUGAAGCAUGAUACCACUGCACAUUAAAUAUUUUUGAGUGGACUGUUACUCCGCUCAAAAAUAAGUCUGAUUGGGCUGGGUAAGUCUGACUGAUUACUGCUGGUUUUCUUUUUCUUUGACAAUCUUCAGUAAAACAGUAAUUGCGUAUCAUUCAACAUGAAGGUAGCGUUUUCCCUGAACCUCCAGCUCUGCACCGAGGUCUGACCCGGGAGAAUUCUGACGUAACACAUGAUGAUGGUCUAUAGCUGUUCCUGAGCCCGAUAUGCAUUUGCAGAAUUUUGAUUUCCAGACACGAGGUUUGGUUCAAAUUAAACCGUAACAGUGACACUUUGAUUUGCACUGCAUUAUUGUAGCACCGCACAUUGUUUUAACAAUAUUUACGUCAUGUUCUGUUUUCAUCAUCAUCGUAGAAUACAAUAAAUAUUUAUAUUUAAGAUAA